AUGGACCCCGACCUGAGGAGAGCCUCUUUUUGCUUUAUUAUCGUCCUCAUCUCACUGCACACACUCGCAGAAAGCCGGUUAGUGUACGGCCGAGGCUCCGGCGCAACAAACCCCCACAUACCGGGCAGGACUCCACUGGCUGCGGUCAAACAGGGGCACAGCCCGGAGCUCGGGGCGCGGACUCGGCCUGUCGUGGUCAACUGUCACCCGGACUCGAUGGAGGUUGUGGUGCAAGCAGAUAUGUUUGACAGAGGCCUGCAGGUGGAUGGCAAACAUCUGCGCCUGGGCUCAGAUUCACCGACGGAGGGGGGCGCAUGCGGAGCAGUCCCCUCAGGAGAGGCGGAGUACACCAUCCGGGCCCACCUGCUGGACUGUGGAACUAAACUCUCUUCGACAGAAGAGAAGAUUAUCUACUCUAAUGUUCUGGUCUACACGCCUGAACCUUCAUCUGACGGUUUGCUUAGACUGGAUGGAGCAACUAUUCCAGUUGAAUGUCAUUAUGAAAAGAGGUAUGCUGUGGAUGGCAUUUCCCUACAUCCCACAUGGGUUCCUCUUGUCUCCAGGGCCUCAGCAGAGGAUCAGAUAGACUUUAACCUGCAACUCAUGACUGACGAUUGGCGGUUUCAGAGGGGAUCACAUUCUUACUUCCUGGGUGACCCCAUUCAUCUCGAAGUUUCUGCCAUCAUUGGUAACCAUGUGCCCCUCCGGGUCUAUGUUGACCACUGUGUUGCUACGGCAACCCCUGAUGCAGAGGCGACGUUAAGAUACGACCUUAUCCAGCAUUACGGAUGUCUUGCUGAUGCCUACCUGACAAACUCCAGCUCCCACUUCCUACCAAGAGUCGAAGAGCACAAGCUGAGGUUUCAGCUGGAUGCCUUCAGGUUCUACCAGGCGCCCAGCAGUCAGGUCUACAUAACCUGCUACGUGAAGGCUGUUCCAGUCAUGUUAACUGUCAGCGCUCAGAACAGGGCCUGCUCUUUAAUUAAGAACAGGUGGAGGUCAGUCGACGGGAAUGACCAGGCAUGUAGAAGCUGCGAUAUCUCCCAUGGGGUGGAGGAACCCCUGUCCGCAGGGCCCCCUCAAACUAUCAUCAGCACCGAAGCAUGGCCCUCCAAGAUGCCGCAUUCAGUCCAGAACAGACCCAAACAGUCCCCAGCCAAUUACUACCGCGUUGGUCCAGGAGUGCACCGGAGCCAGCACAACAAACACAAGCAGUGGAUGAAGAGAGGAGCAGAGAACAAAGCAGAGCAAACUAUCCAGCUGGGACCCAUUACCGUCCUGUCAUCCAGGGAAACAGAAACAAGACCAACAGAUUCCAAAACAGCACUUUCACCAAACAGCAGGGCCGCCUGA